GCGUUUCUCAAGUUUCACUCCGGCGCGUGCUCUGACCUGUCUCCUUUGUGUUGUCAGGCAGAAAGGCACACCAGUCAGGGUGGCGUGUGUCCUGCUUCACAGGCACCCCCAUCAGCUUCAAGAAUAUAACAAUAGCUUAUUAUAUUGUUUAAUAGCAGUAGGGUGUCAUCCAUCUUUUCUUCCAACAAUGUCGGUGGGAGUCGAGGCUGGAUUUUCUAGUGAGGAGGUCUUAAACAGCCGCUUCCCUCUCCAUCGGGCGUGCAGGGAUGGAGAUGUCGGUGCCUUGUGCUCCCUCCUUCAAUGCACCUCAAACCCGGCUGACCUCACCGUGGAGGACACCUUCUACGGCUGGACGCCCAUACACUGGGCCGCUCAUUUUGGGAAGUUGGAGUGUGUGAUGCGUCUGGUUCAGGUGGGCUGUGGUGUGAACGCUGUGACCUCCAGGUUUGCACAAACGCCUACUCACAUUGCUGCUUUUGGGGGCCACCCUGAGUGCUUGUUAUGGCUACUCCAAGCUGGUGCAGAAAUUAACAGACAGGACUAUGUGGGCGAGACGCCCAUCCACAAGGCUGCUCGUGCGGGCAGUCUGGAGUGCAUCAACGCUCUCUUGAUUCAGGGAGCGAAAGCUGAUAUGAGGAAUGCCAGUGGGCUGACUGCUGCUGACCUGGCCCACGCCCAAGGGUUCCAGGAGUGCGCUGAGAUUCUCUCCAAUGCCCAGAACUUCCAACAAAACAUGGCUCAGUCCCAUUACGGGGCCUUUCUGAAUGGCAUGACCCAGAACGGGGGCCACGUUCACCCCAACAUCCAGGGACGCAGCUUCUUGAAUGGUGCUCCCAACAGAAAGAGGUCGUUCGAUGGCAUGGAAGCCAACCCAGUGAAGAAGGCUCGGCCUAAUGGUCUGGGCAUGCCACCAGAAUUGCUGAAUGGGAAUGGGCCACUGGGUGGUGCUGGAGAGGCCAAGAUGGAAAGCAUGAGCAUGGAGUUGGCAUCGACUGUUACCUCAGUGGCAGGCGAGAGACCUUGUGAGGAUUUUUUCUCAAAUGGGCACAAUCAACCACAGCCUCCAUCUGGGUGUGAACCAGUAGCAGAAAUCUUCCAUGGGCAGCUUGGUUACAGUGAGUCUUCAGACAACAACGGCACUGCGGGUAGCCAGAUGGAGCACCAGAAGUCAGUGAAAGCAGAGCAGUUGUAUGACCAUGCCUUCUUUAGCACCAUGCUUCUGUACCAUGGAUCAUAAAGUGUAAAGGAGACCUAUUAAUAGGUCAUGUCUCUGUCUGAAUCUUGUGUUCAGCUUAUUGUGAAUUAAUUUGCCUUAAAGUUAUUGUGUGGUCAAUUUAUUCAAUCAGUUCUUUUUUGUUGCAAAGGGCAGGCCCAUUGUUAUGGAUGGAUAAGAUGUUUUCAUAGCUAAAGCUGACUAAGAAGUGAAUCUUUGUGUUUGAAGACAGUUUUUGUCAAGCUUAUUAAUUUUUUGUAAGGCUUUGAAUAACUUAAACUAUUAAAUUGACUAUAUGUAUGGAACUACUGCCAAUUUUCAUUUUGUUUCUGUAUCAGCUUGAAAUGGAUUAAAAGUUUGAGUAAACCUA